AAAUCGAGCGACACAAGGCGAGAAGAUCAAGGGGCCGCAGGCAGAUCGCAUCGCCUCUGCUCAAUAGAACCACGAUGGAGACGGCAUCGAUGACAGCCAACGACGGCGCGCCGUUCUUUCUGCCGCGGGACCCGCGCACGGCUCACUGGUACUUCUCGGGCAACAAGCCGCUAAUAACGCUUCUGAUCGUCGCCUAUGUCUACAUCGUUAAGGUGGGCGGCCCGCGGUUCAUGAAGAACCGCAAGCCGUACGACGGCAUCAAGCCGCUGAUCACGUUCUACAAUGCCUUCAUGGUGGUGGGCAGUGCUUACUACGUCUACGCUUUUUUCACGGCCGCUUACAUCCGCAACGGUUACAGCCCGAUCUGCCAGGGCAUAGACUUCGACGCCAGAGACGAAGGCACCAUGGCUCUGCUGAACCUCUGCUGGUGGUUCUCGAUGUUCAGGAUACUCGACUUUCUGGACACCUUCUUCUUCGUGCUCCGCAAGAAGGAUUCACACGUAUCCUUGUUGCACGUCGUACAUCACUCAUUGGUCGCCUUCAACGGAUGGUUCGGAAUCACUUACGGUGCGGAUGGCCAGGUGAUAGCCUGCGUGGUCGUCAACGGCUCCGUGCACGUGGUGAUGUACACAUACUACUGCCUCAGCUCUCUGGGGCCCGAGUUCCGGAAAUACUUGUGGUGGAAGCGUUACAUUACGCAGUUGCAGCUUACGCAGUUCGUGGUUCUCUUUGUGCACACCCUGAUGCCGUUCUUCUUGAACUGCCACUACCCCAGGUCGCACACGUACGUCGCGAUGGCAGAAGCCAUUUUCUUCUUUUGCCUGUUUAUGAACUUUUACGUCAAAACCUACCAGACGAAGAAGACGCACGUGGCGACGAAAGCUGUGGCAAACGGCAAGAUGCAAUGAGGCAGGCUUUGUUUGUGUGCACUUGAAGUUAAUUGAACUUAUGCCCGAACUCUCGGUGGUUUCUUGCUGAAAAAAAAAAAGAAAAGACCGGCGUCUUGCUUACCCUGAUUUGCACUUGUGGCCCAACCGUGAAUGCAACAAGUUCACGUCGCUGAAUCUAGAGGCUAGGGACGAGUACUGGCUGGUAAUAUAGAUUCUUUUUUUUAUUGUAGUACUAGGCGGUGGGGAAUUCGCUCGCAGUCGUAUACGAAUAUAAAAUACCUCAUAAACGUCUAGGCUGCGUUUUAUAUGUGUGAUAAAUCUUGAUACUAACCUGGGUCCGCAUUCACAAAGAGUUUUCAGACUCAUUUUGUUAUUAAUAUAAAGUGGGUGCCAGUCCACUUGCUCGGCAUAUCAUUAGGGAAGGGAGCGGGCCAAAGGCAAAGAGCGCUGUGUAUGCGGGCACUGGUUUCUUAAGUGAGAUAGCCCAACUUCACGCGUUGCUGCCAAGCUUUUUAAGUAAUGAAAUUGCCAAGUUUUGACUGAAUCGCUGUCGAUCGGUGCCAAACACCUUGUAUGGAAUGCAGAGGUGGACAAUAUCGGAAGAAAUUGUGCCUUCGGUUGAGCAAGCCGCGGAUUAUGAAACUGGUUGAACUUGAUCUUGUGCCAAUACCUGUGAUCAACUUUUUCUGGUUAAAAACACGCGAAGAAAAGUGUUCCUGUUGUUGUGCUUGUUUGAAAGGUUCUUUUAACUGUGGGAUACGCUCCUAGACGAAAUUGGUAAGGAGUCAAAUGCCAAAUGAUGCAAAGGUGUUAAUCUCCACGUCCUACAGCAUGCACCAGGUGGCGAUGAAUAAAUCGAGACGCUAGAGAAUUAAGAUGUGUGCGACUAAUCGAAUAUUAGUCUUCAUGCUUCAACGGACGGUGCAGGGACAACAGAUGAGUGUCUCUGGUAUAUCACAUGAGCGAUGCUGUAGGAACAGUUGUCUGCCAUGUGGCUAGAGUCAGUUGAUCGCUCUCUACUUCAAAUGACGAAUUUAGUAACUGCAUGUUCGCUGGCGUAUUCGCGACAUAUUUUUCAUUAGCCCGAGUCGUUUCGUUGCACCAAGUGAGCCAGUACAAAGUUGCACUGUCUUCAUGUUUGGUACAGUUUGGUGGACUCGACGAUAACGUCAUUUCUUGCAAUUACAUUAGUGACAGGUAAUGCUCUUCUGUCUCGCAAGUGAGAGCAAGUCUAAUUUUGGGACACGAUGAACUGAUGAAUUCGACUCGUCCUCAAGGCGAAAGAUUCAUUGUAUCGUUCUAUGCAUCAGGCAGGAAAUGGCGGGUGAUGUGGGCAGA